UUCAUGGAGAUUUCGUUCGCUCUCAACUCUAGUUCGACAACAUCAAAGUUAACAUCUUUCUUCAAUUUUCGGUGAAUGGGAUUUUGAAUUCGAGGAAUAUUCUUCUAUCUAUCAAUUUUCCUUCAUGCCACUGUCAAGGGCCAGGUCUCAUGAGUUUAUUCUCAUUAGCCUGUGAAAAGGGUAAGAUUACCAUCACCUCCACGAAGGACACUCAGAGACCCAAAGCAAAAUCUGUUCCUACACGAAGAAAAAUACAAACUUUCCAUAUGGGUUGGCGUAGGAGAUGACUCUCUUAUUCUUCACGACCCCUCUUUCCAGUAUUCGAGCUUCCAAGAUAACCCUUGCCCAUUACCGUACUCUCACUCAGGUAAGAUCUUCUCCCUAUGACAAAGGGCUAAUCAUAAGACCUGAAGCUUGGUUCGUCAAAAUUGUUUCUACUCUUUUCCUUCGCUCAAGCUCAUUGGACAAUAGAUUUUUGGGUUAUCUAAGUAAGCACUUAACCCCUUCGCUUGUAUUAGAGGUUAUUAAAAGGCUAAACAAUCCCAACUUGGGUUUCAGGUUCUUUCAGUUUACUAGAGAAAGGUUGAAUAUGCUUCAUUCAUUCUGGACUUAUAAUAUCAUUCUGAGGUCCCUUUGUCAAGCAGGUCUCCACAGUUCAGCAAAACUUGUAUAUGAUUGUAUGAUGUCUGAUGGGGAAUUGCCUGAUAGUAGGUUGUUGGGAUUCUUGGUUUCUUCUUUUGCAUUGUCUGGUAGGUUUGAUGUUUCAAAGGAAUUACUUGCUGGAGCUAAGUGUAAUAAGCUUCGAUUAGAUGUUGCUGUUUAUAAUAACUUUUUCAACAUCUUGGUAAAACAUAAUAAAUUAGACGAUGCCAUUUGUCUACUUAGAGAGCUUAUGAGGUCACAUUCUCAUCUAGAAACCUUCACCUUCAACAUUUUAAUGAGAGGUUUGUGCAGAGCCGGAAAAAUUGAUGAAGCUUUUAAGUUUCUCAAUGAUAUGAGAAGUUUUGGUUGUUCCCCAGAUAUAGUUACGUAUAACACUCUUAUACAUGGAUUAUGUAGAAUUAAUGAGGUUGAUAGAGCGCGAGAUCUACUGAAAGAAGUUUGUUUGAAUAGUGAUUUUUCCCCUAAUGUUGUAAGUUAUACAACAAUAAUAUCAGGUUAUUGCAAAUUGAGUAAGAUGGAGGAGGGAACUUCUCUUUUUGAUGAAAUGGUUAGAUCCGGAACUAAGCCUAAUGCAUUUACUUUUAGUGCCCUCAUUGAUGGCUUUGUUAAGGUGGGUGACAUAGCUUCUGCACUAGGCGUGCACAAUAAGAUGCUCUUUUAUGGUUGUCCACCUAAUGUUGUUACCUUCACUUCCCUAAUUGAUGGCUAUUGUCGAGUUGGACUGGUGAACCAUGGCUUGGACCUAUGGCAUGAAAUGAAUGCAAGAAAUAUUUCUGCGACUUUGUAUACUUUCUCUGUUCUUAUCAGUGCUCUGUGCAAGAGCAAUAGAUUACAAGAAGCUCGUGACCUUUUGAGACUAUUGAAGCAGAGUGACAUUGUUCCACAGUCUUUCAUUUACAAUCCUGUUAUUGAUGGAUAUUGCAAAUCUGGGAACGUUGAUGAGGCUAAUGCAAUUGUAGUAGAAAUGGAGGAGAAGUGCAAACCUGAUAAGUUGACAUUUACCAUUCUUAUUAUUGGGCAUUGUAUGAAAGGGAGAAUGCAUGAAGCAAUUGGUCUCUUUUACAAGAUGUUGGCAGCCGGUUGUUCCCCAGAUGAUAUCACUGUUAGAACUUUAAGUUCCUGUCUUUUGAAAACUGGAAUGCCUGGUGAAGCUGCCAGCAUUAAGGAAGCUCUAUUCCAGAACCAGGGCACUUCAUUGAAAAAACCUUUUCACGAAAGUACAAAUGCAGAUAUGUCAAUUUCUGUUUAUUAAAGUGUUUCUGCAAAUCAGUAACUAGAAAUUGCCCUCCACUGUUUUCCGUUGACAAAUACAUUCUUCAGGCAGGGUGUCACUAUUUUCUGGAGAUUAUCAACUAGGGAAUUUGAAUUGACAAUCCCUCCAAGAUUCUGCCCAUGUUUUUGGAACUUGUGUGCAUAAGUAUACUCUC